AUGGACGUGGUUAAACCUGACUUCGACUUCUCCAACAAGGUGCGCCUCUACGAGCGCGCAGAGAUGAUACGUAUUGAUGAGCUCAUCGACAACUUCGAGUGGAUCCAGAAGCUCUCUGUACACUUGAGAGUCAUCGGCCAAGGGUUUGCCAAGAACCUGCAGAAGGCCCUCCUGAAGUCGCGCAACCCACCAAGCCCGGAUCUCUUACCUUUUGAGUGUGCUCCCUAUGUUAAGAGUCUCGAGGACUUCAUCUCAGCGGUCAACACGCUCAAUACUGGCUUGGUUUCUACGGUAGCCAACCUCGCUCAGAGCUUUCAGGAGCGUGUUGUUAAGCCAUUUCGUACUGUGAGUGGGUGCAUGACAAAGCUUGACAAGGAACGACAAGGAAUCCUUUUGAAGAAGCGCCAGUACGAUGAUUUGGACUUUGAUAUCUUGAAUAUGAAACUAGGCUCUAGCGGAAACAAGAUGGUUAAAGCAAUAUCGCAAACAACAGCUAAAAUGCAGAAGUUGAAGCGCUCUUGGGAGGUGGACGAGACAGCAUACAAGGAACAUAUGGCUAAUCAGCACGCGAGCCUCGAGAAGAUCGACUGGACUACAAUGAGCCUCAUUGCCGAGUUAACCAGUUGCAUGGGUGACUACUUCAUCAAGCUCAACGCAGAGGUAAGCAGCCUUUCUGCUGCGCUUGAUCAACGUGCCAAGUCUGACAAGUCAGUAUCCAUUAUGGAGGCAUUUGCAGCGUAUGUGGCCUCUCUUCCGGAUCCUCUAAUGCAGGCUGAAGGAGGCCUUGAAUCCCCCAGAUCCCCUGAAAAUUCAUGUCCAGUCACGACUAGCCAUCCUCCCCAGGUCGAUGCAGAUAAGCCCCAGAUACCUAGGGAGCAAUUGGAAGAUGUUAGUAACCAGUCUCAGAUCGAGUCAGCUAAUGAGCAACCAGCAGAUAGUGCUCUUCCAGUUGAUCAGGAGGCCUAA